UAAAAUAUAGGUUUCAUGUAGCUUGUCUUUCAUUGCAAUGCCACUGGAUUUAUCAUUGAAUUACACACGCAUAUUAUUAUACUUACUGGAAUGCAUAUGGACAUAAAACAAAUAGUGAAUACUGUGACCAAUCAAAAAGACGUGUUCAAGAGAUCUGUGUGAUUGAGAUAAUAUAGUCAACUGCUCUGCUUCUGUGUUCCACCCUGUGAAGAUAUAUUUUGCAAUAGUAACCGACUGACUUUAUAUUAUCCUUUAAUUUGGGAAAUAUAAUACCUGUAAGAUUAUAAUAAAAACAUUUCAUCUUAACCUAGUUAAACUUAUGAUAUUGUAAGUAAUUUAAAUGUAUUUAAUUAUUUAAUUGUAAAUGUUAUGGCAGCCCUAUGAACUAAGUAGGAAAAGGGUGAAAUUUGGCAUACAACAUUUUCCAACUGCUAAGCACCGGCGACUUUGUAGUAACAGAAAAAAAAAUCAUUUGCAGGCAGAAUUUUGUUUAUAUAUGUUAGUGUAUUACUAUACAAGUGUUUACUUUGUGACAAAGUCUAACUAUAAUAUAAAAAGUAUAAUUUCUACUACAAUUGUUUUUUUUUAAGAUAUGAAAAAACAUUUUAUUAUUAUUCUUUUUAUUGAUUUACAUUAAGAUGAACUACACUUCCCACAAUGCUCUGUAAGCGCUGCGAUUGGUGGCUGCAGCUGUCACAAGAGCUUACAGGUGACUGGUGUACAGCGCUGUCACAUCACACAGCGCAGUCAGAAAACAAAUCGCACAUCACACAGGGGAGUGAGUUCUGCUGAAAUUAUCAAGAAGUUGUUAACGGUGCUCUUUUGAAGUUUCGCUUCCAUACGAAUGCAGAGGGAAAUGAUACCAGGUUGAGUUUAAGACUGCACAAUUAUCGCUCCUUUCCAAAAACUACGUCCCAACUUUGUACUUUCUGACCUUCAGCGGUUUUCCAGCCCACUCAUAGGCAGGCACCCAGUCAUGUAGAGAGCAGCGCGUGGAGGACACCCAGAUCACUUUCAGCACUUUCCACACAAAGAGCUGUAUCGAACCGUGAACUUCAAAACCCAGACACCCCACCACUCUUCGGGCUGGACUGCACGGUGACAGCAGCCCGCCCCCCGCGUCCCCCAGCCAUGUCGUCACGCAUCGGCCUGCGCCUGCAGCUCAUGCGGGACCAAAUGCAGCAGGAGGAGCAGCGGGAGCGGGAGCGGCAGCAGCAGCAACAACAGGCAGCAUCCAUGCAUUACAUGCAGCAUCGCAUGCCAGGCCCACCAGCGCCCUCGCCAGCCAUCAGCGCACCAACACACUUCCAGGCACCCAUGCAGGUGCCCGUUGAAGUGUUAAAGGUGCAGACCCUUCUUGACAACCCCACAGACUACCACAUUCGACAGUCUCAGCGGCAGCAAGUCAAGGAGUUCCUGUCCACCACAUACGCCACCAAGCAGGCUGUUCAUGCAGUCACAAGCUUGGUACAGCCCUCUCCACCCACCAUGCCCCAGGGUCAGACAGGAACCGUCCCAUCAACCAUGCCCUCUCCAUGCAUGCGCACUGAGCAGCUCAUGACCUCUGCUGGGAACAGCGCACCCAACAGUCCCAUGGCCAUGCUCAACAUCGGCUCCAGCCAUGAGAAUGAGAUGGAUGAGGUUAUUGAUGACAUCAUCAGCCUGCAGUCCAGUUAUGAUGACAUCCAGGCUUAUAUUGACCCUGUGGUCCAGAUGCCAAACACCCUUCCGCUGUCCAGCAGCCAUUUGGAUGUGUACACAGGGCCAGGUAUGUCCGGAUCAGCUAUCGCCAUGACCAGCAACUCCUGCCCUGCCAACCUGGCCAUCAAGAGAGAGCUGUCAGAUGCAGAAGCUCGUGCAACGGCUAAAGAGAGGCAGAAGAAAGACAACCACAACCUGAUUGAAAGGAGGAGAAGGUUUAACAUCAAUGAUCGAAUUAAGGAGCUAGGCACCAUGAUCCCCAAAACCAAUGACUUGGAUGUGCGCUGGAAUAAAGGCACUAUUCUGAGGGCCUCUGUGGAGUAUAUUAAACGCAUGCAGAAAGACAUCCAGAGAACCAGAGAGGUGGAGAACAACUUCAGAAGGAUGGAGAUGGCCAACAAACAGCUGUGGCUUCGCAUUCAGGAGCUUGAGAGGCAGGCCCAGAUGCACGGCCUCCCCAGCACCUCUCCAUCCGGUCUUAACAACACUGAGGUUCUAAACCCCUUCGUCAAGCAGGAGAACAGUCCUGAGGAGAACCACCUCUCACAUCAGCCCCAUCUCCCUCCUCACUACGCCCAUCAUCAGCAGCACCAGGGUCAGCCGCAGCCCCAGCCCCACACUCAGCUCCACCAGCACCAGCACCUUCACCCCCAGCCCCCGCUGCAGUACCCAGCCGUGGGCAGCUCCCAGCACUUUGACUAUGCCCAGUCGCUAGACUUAUGCAACGGUGGCAUCCCAGGAUAUCAGGAUGGCAUGGGGGGCAUUGGGGAUCUCGGCUUGUUGGGCGGAGGUGUCGCGCCAAUGGGAAAGAAGAGCGAGCUGAGCUUCUUGCUGAUGGAAGAGGCCCUGUCACCGCUAGGAGGAGACCCACUGCUGUCCACCAUGUCCCCUGAGGCUUCUGUGGAUAGCAGCCGCCGUAGCAGCUUUAGCAUAGAGGACUCAGACAUACUGUGACCUGGACUAGGUGUCGCUGCACAACGUGCAUUUGAUGCGACAUACACACACACACACACACACACACACAGAUGUUGCAUUUAGUCUGGCACACUGUUAACAAGGAUAGGUACGAUAUUGAUGCACCCUGCCACCCUGAAAUUAAAGUUUAGCUACAUUUUUAUUUUUUAAGUCUGACAUGCAAGAAACAAGAAAACAUGGUUUUAGUGAAGUCAUGCAACAAUUUUUGUACCACAACUGUCACAGAAAUGAAAAUAGGCGUAUAUUCAUAAAUGCAUAAUCUGAUCAAACAGAACUGAGAUGCUCAAAUUCUAUUACUGAGAAUUGGCCCAUAUUGAAUGUUUUGUACAAAAAUAUCUCCUCAGAAACACACAGGUUGCCAUAAAGGGAUAGCUCACCCAAAAAUGAACCUUUUUCUCAAUUGUCUCACCCUCUUGUUGUUCCAAACCUGUAUAAUAUCUUCUGUUUAGAACAAAAAGGAAAUGAUGGCAUUUUCAUUUUUGGGUCAACUAUCCCUUUAAAGGCUGUGAAAAAUGUUGGGUGAACUUUUACACUCCGAACCACUUUUACAGUCCAAACCACACUCUCACAUUCUCUAUUUGUAGAAUUAUAUUUUGUCUACUUUAACACAUGUCAGCCAUUUCCCACAUGUGAGACUGUCACACACACUUAAUGUCCUCUAAAUCCAGACAGAAGUGAUUAUUGUAGGAUUAGUUUUAUUUUUAUUUUUUGUUUUCACUUGAAAUAUAACGCCACAUCUGAGCUCUUAAACAUGACGCCUGAUGUAUCAGAGCAAUAUGCAAAGGCAGCUUAUCCUUAAAAGUAGGAAUGAAAGGGUUCCCAAAGCCAUGGAAAACCUGGAAAUAUCAAGAAAUUGUGUUUUCUUAGUUAAGAUUAAUAAAUUGAUACAAUCUUAGAUAAAAGUCAUGUGACUUUAAGUCAGUUGAGAGUGAAUCAUUCUUUUGAUUCAGUUCUUUUAAAUGAAACAGAUUCACUAAACAGUCUGAAUGAUUAAUCAGCGAAUCUGUCUGAAUUUGAGUGAGCUUUAAGUCUUUAUCCACUAAUCACACUGAAAACGGUCAAAAAGUAUGGGAACUCUGAAAGUGCCCUGUAAUGUUCAUGAAAAAUAUUACAAGAAAAAAAAACAAUGUUUUCAGCAUGUCUUUUCAUUGAUCAGUCUAGGUCAUACUCAGGUGUGACUCUCCACCAACAUGAAGAAAGCUGCCAUAUCGCCUUUUAGCAUUAGCUUUACACAUGGUUUUUAUGUAGCUGCUGUUCUCAUUGUUGAAGAGGAAACAUUGAUGCCAGGCUUCUGUUUGUAUAACAGGCCAGACCAGGUGCUAGUGUGACAGACAGUACAUUUAGUGGACGGUGCGGCAGACUACAGUAUAAAUUACUUUGUUAGUUGCCACACACUCCAACUAAGGUGCCUUAAAGCCAAGGCCAGAUUCUUCAAGAAUCACAUGCUCAAAUGCUCCCGUUGGCACUCCGUAAAAUCAAGCUGACAGCUGUGAUCCCCGUUUGCCAAAGUGAAGUUCAUACAGCCCAAGGUGCCUUUCAGGAAACCUGGAUCAACAUGAAAUUUGAUCCAGCUUUUGAGCUGUACCGUGAAGGAGGUUGAAUAUGUAGAAAAGAUACAUGUAUUAUUAUAGGCUUUGUAUUUUUUCUUCCCAAAGCACUGGAAAAAAGAAACUAUUGUAAUUUUAAUUAUAUUAUAAAGAUUUUAUGAACUGAGUUUAAUUUAAAAUGUUUUAUGCCACUUUUCUCUUUUAUUAUUAUUUUUUUCCUAAAGACUAUUUUUACCAUAUCACUGCCAAGUCAUUGAAAUACAUACAUAUAUAUAUAUAU